AUGGAUACAAGUUGGAUCGAUCUACCCACUGGCCACCCUAAAUAUAUCGAUGGAUGUAUGCAAUUCAUUGAGUUUGCCAAGCAAGAUCUAGUCCUAGGAAAAAUUAGAUGCCCAUGUAAGAACUGUAAGGUGGAUAAAUGGUUUCCGAUAAAUGAAGUAGGGAGACAUAUUUUGUUUAAAGGGUUUUAUAAGUCUUAUAAGAAUUGGAUCUUUCAUGGGAAAGGGGAUAUGGUUCAGCGUAUGUUUGAGAGUGAUGGAGGGAGUACUAGUGAAGGAUUCCCCGGUAAUCAAAGUGGGUUUAUUGGUCGAGAUAAUAUGGGGGGACUAUUAAGAUCAGCUUUUAGUGUUAAUAUGCCUCCCAAUUGCCAAACUUUUGAAGCACAAGAGGAUGAUGAAUGGAUUGAGGAACCAGUGACAUAUGAAACAGAUGUUGAAUAUGAUGAUUCUACAAUAGAAGAAGAUGCGACAUAUAAGAAGUUACUUGAAGCUUCUGAGGAGAGAUUAUAUGAGGGGUAUAUCAAUUUUUCAAAGUUAUCUUUUCUUUUACACUUGUUUCACUUGAAGUGUAUGAAUCACUGGUCUAUUGAAUCUUUUAAUAUGCUGUUAAAGCUAAUUUUAGAUGCAUUUCCUCAAAUACUUGAUUUUCCCUCGUCUUAUUAUUACAGUAAGAAAAUGAUAAAAGAAUUGGAACUUGGGUAUGAAAAGAUUGAUGCUUGUCCGAAUAAUUGUAUGUUGUAUUGGGGGGAAUUUUUAGAGAAAGACAAGUGUCAUGUUUGUGGUACAUCAAGGUGGAAGAGAACUAAGGGUAUGAGUGGCGAUGUAAGUGAUGGAGAUACAAAUACAUUGAAGAGAAGUGUGCCAGCUAAGGUAAUGCGAUAUUUUCCUCUUAUCCCGAGGCUAAAAAGAAUCUACAUGUCAUUAGAAACAGCGGAAGAGAUGAGGUGGCAUGAUACAGAGAGAUUGGGUGAACAUGAUAAGAAGAUUUUGAGGCAUCCAUCGGAUGCCUUAGCUUGGAAAGCAUUUGAUGAGCGUCAUAGCGAUUUUGCAUUAGACCCUCGCAGUGUUCGAUUAGGUCUUGCGAGUGAUGGGUUUAAUCCUUAUCGUUUAAUGAACACCUCUUAUAGUACGUGGCCGGUGAUGUUGAUUCCUUAUAACCUUCCACCAUGGUUAUGUAUGAAACCAUCUUCUUUCAUUUUAUCCACACUUAUUCCCGGAAAAACAAGUCCCGGAAUUGAUAUUGACGUGUAUCUGCAACCGUUAGUGCAUGAAUUGAAAUUGUUGUGGACGGGGGUUGAAGCUUUUGAUGCUUUUGGUAGAGAGAAAUUUAAUUUGCGAGCGGCUUUGCUUUGGACUAUUAAUGACUUUCCUGCCUAUUCAAUGCUUUCUGGUUUGAGCACAAAAGAUCACCCAUAUCGAGCUCAAGGUUCCAUGUUUUGUGAGAAGUUCGGAACUAACGAGUGGGGUGAAGCUCCAUCUCGUCCUAGCGGGACUGGUAUAUUGAGGGAACAAGAAAAGGUCGAGUAUGUUUAUGGAAAUUCGAAGGCACCACAAAAAAAAAGAGGUAGACAAAGAGGUCAUAAUGAUAACAAUAAUAACAAUGAUGUCCAAUAUGAAAAUGCUUAUGGUAAUGAUAAGAGUAGAGAUAGUAGGGAUGAUCGAGUAGCCCUUAAACAUUGGAGGAUAAAGCCUCACCUUUGGCUUGAUACCAAUCAUAAUGGAAGCGAAUACAUGCCUCCGGCUUCUUAUUCUAUGUCUACGGAGGAGAAAGAGAGGUUCUUAAAUGUUUUGCAGAAACUUAAAGUUCCGGAUGGAUAUGGAUCCAACCUUUCUAGUUGUGUGAAUAUGAAGCAAAGGAAGUUGAUUAACCUCAAGAGUCAUGACAACCAUGUUCUAAUGCAAGAUAUCCUCCCCGUCGCCUUAAGAGCUUCUAAUGCUACAAAGGUGAUUGACUUGUUGGCUAGAUUAUCUUCGUUUUUCAAGAAGUUGUGCUCCACCAGUAUUGAUCUAGAUGAUUUAGAUGGUCUUCAAGAUGGAAUUAUUUUAACUCUUUGUGAGUUGGAAAAGGAGUUUCUGCCUUCAUUUUUUACAAUCAUGGUCCAUUUGUUGAUUCACUUAGUGGAGGAGGUUAAACUUGGUGGACCAGUGCAAUACAGAUGGAUGUAUCCCAUUGAAAGGUACUUGUCCCAUUUGAAAUCACAUGUAACCAAUAAAGCCCAACCUGAAGGAUCUAUUGCGGAAGGCUUCCUUUUAGAGGAGACAAUUAGGUUUUGUUCGAGAUAUCUUCAAGGUGUUAAGACUAUCUUCAACAUACCUAAAAGGAUGGAUGAUGACAUUCCAAAUCCCAAUGAUUACUUGUUUAAUUCUGGUGGUCGAGUUAUUGGGAAGGAGGUUAGCGUUCGCCUUGAUGACAAAACCUUAAAGCAAGCUCAUCGCUACGUUUUACUUCAUUGUGAUGAGAUUAAAGGGGAAUUAGAUGAAUUUUUAACGGAGAAGCGUCAAAUGAACUUACGAAAUUCUGUCACGGAGAGUGAUGAAAGUAAUUGGAUCAUCAAUGAAUUUGGAGGGUGGCUGCAAAAUAAGGUACAUUGCAUAGAUGUAACCACCGAAGAUGGAAAACUAAGAAGAGCGUUGGCGGGUGGUUUGAAUUAUUAUGGUAGAAAAUUAAAAGGAUUCAUGAUCAAUGGUUAUAAGUUCCUUUCCACGGAUCGCGAUUGUCGUCUUUUGACACAAAAUUCUGGAAUUAUGGUUGAAGCGGAUGGAGAGGCGUACUACGGAAAAGUGAUAGAUAUUUAUGAAUUAAAUUACUAUGGAGAUUAUAAAGUUGUAUUGUUUCAUUGUGAUUGGGUAGACAUUUAUAGGGGUGUAAGAGCCUAUCCAAAUGGAGGAGUAUGUGUCAAUUUUUCUAAAUUGAUGCAUAGCGGGCGAUUAUUGCAAGAUGAUCCAUUUGUAUUCUCAUCUCAAGCAAAACAAGUUUUUUACAUAGAAGAUGAGAUACAAAAAGGGUGGUGGCAUGUUGUUAAGAAUAAGCCUAGAGACUUGUUUGAUUUAGGUGAUUCUUUACCGGUAGAGGAAGAGGGUGGAGCCAAUUGA